CCUGUAAGAAUUUAUUUUUAAACCAGUGCAUGGAAUGGAAUAAGGAGCACCUUGCGUGUUUAAGAAUUUUACCGAAGGAUAUUAGUGUCGAUCUUCCCCAUAUAAAUGCUGAACUCAGUUUUCAAUGUCAGUUGAGCAUAAUGAAGUCUCUUUCAGUUUGCUUUCUGGCUGUACUGCUAAUACAAGCAUCGUCAGGCAGACCUAAUGAUGACAGUGGUGAGUACGAAGAACAUGAAGAGCAUUCAUUCGUUUACAGCUCAACUAAUCCUGGUCAGGUACAGAGCACGCAAACAAUCAUAGGAAGACCACCCUUUCAGCCAAUGAGCUUUGGCUUCGGCAACCCAGGGCGGCAGAACUUCGGGAAUAUGUUCGGCACCGGAGGAUUCGGCGGUUUCCCCAGUUUUAGACCCUUACCAGGCUUCCCACCUCUUGGACAAAUGAGCCCAGGUGGUUUCGGCGGAGUAACAGGACAGUCUUUCCAGCUACAACACCCAGGAGGAUUUGGACAGAUCAGUGGAUUCACUGGUCCAUCAUCCGCAGGAAAUGCUGCCUUUGCUAGUUCUAGUUCCGGAAGCCCAGGUGGUUCGAAUAGCCAACUAAUCAUAAAACCAGGAGGAGGCUUAGCAUUCGCAAGUUCGAGCUCAAGUAGCCCAGGAAGUAACCAAGUUUCAAUCAGUACGCAGACCUCGAGUUCGACAGACGGUCAAACCUCGGACAAAGGCGAAGAGUCUGAGCCAUCUAUUGCAGUGGAAUUUUAAAAUGGCACCCAAAUCCAUUUAAAAAUAAGUUAUAGAGCAAAAAGCAAUGUUGUUUUUGACUCAGUUUAAAAAUCCAUAUCAUAAACCCUUUUUCAUCCUAACUUUCCAAAAUAAAAUUAAUAAAUUGCAAACCUUUCUGUACCAAGCAUUACACUGUUCUAACCAUGAAUGUAGUUUUCCAACAACAAAAAGAAGAAAACAAAAAAUUUUAUUUUACAAUAUUUAUGUUAUACCAUGCGCUAAGUUGAGGAAUUAGGAAGCUGUUUGUAAACAUUUGACCUCUGUAACAUAAUAACUUGUAUAGCCUUAUAUAUAUUAAAUAUCUUGCCUAUCUACAGAACUUGAUGCUGAAAGUAGAGUAAUAAAAAUACUGUGAUGCAUAAAACACAAAUUGUGUCAAUGCAUUGUGUUUUUCUCAGUAGACAUCGUCUCAAUGCAAUACAUAUUUUACUAUUUAUUAUAUUUUACUAACCCAACUCAUGGUAUAGUUGUUUCCUAAUACCCAUGACAUUAAGUACAGACAACUGAUGUCAGUAUUUAUCGAUUCUGGAUACAAAUUGUAAUGGAAAAAUCAAAAGAAAAAUGUUUUAAAGAAUUACAGCGUUCAUUUAUUCCAAAAAGGCACUAAGUACAUUUUUUACAGAGCUGAGCUUUGAAGAAUGUUUUUGUGAAUUUUCUACCUUAUUUAUAGGUUUAAACAAACACAUUAAAUGCACUAAAAUGACACAAACUCCAUUAUGUAUCAAUAGUAGUUUCUGCAAGCACAAUUAUUUGAUAUAUGAAAUAUCACCUUAUGAAACAGUAUUCGAUUUUACAAACAUAGAAAAGGAAAAUCUUUAAAUGUUUGAUAGUAGAUAUCAAGAGCUAGAAACAAUUGUAUAUAAACAAGGUUCCGAUAUUCCGCAG